AUGCAAACUGUCAGUAAAUGGUUCAAGUCUCUUCAAUUCUUCAGGUCUUUGUUCACCCCAAAGUGCUCGUCAGAUGUGCGUCUGGAGGGAAAGACGGCAGUUGUGACGGGCGCCAACACCGGGAUAGGCAAAGCAACAGCUAAAGACCUUGCAUCAAGAGGUGCCCGGGUGAUUUUGGCGUGCAGAGACAUGAUGAAAGGAGAACAAGCUGUUUCGGAUAUCACGAAGGAGGUAAAUGGAGCCAAUGUUGUCGCCAGGCAGCUGGAUCUGGCUGACACUAAAUCGAUCUGCCUGUUUGCUGAGAGCAUCUACAACACUGAAAAGGCUCUUCAUUAUCUGAUCAACAACGCAGGCGUGGCUAUUUGUCCUUAUGCUAAAACAGUGGAUGGAUACGAGACACAGUUUGGAGUCAAUCACUUAGGUCCGUUCUUUUUGACUUUCUUGCUGCUGGACUUGCUGAAGCACUCGGCUCCAUCCCGAGUCAUCAACGUGUCGUCGUUGGCUCACGCCAUGGGCAAGAUCCAGUUUGAUGAUCUGAACGGGGAGAGAAGUUACCACCCUGUCAGAGCUUACGCUCAGAGCAAGCUCGCCAACGUGCUGUUCACCAGAGAGCUGGCCAAAAGGAUCGAGGUGCAUGGUGUGAUGGCCUUCUCAGUGGAUCCUGGCCUUGUGAACACUGAAAUCACAAGGCACAUCAGACCGUCUCUGGUGGACAUAAAGGACAUCUUCAGUUUCCUGCUGAGGACCCCAGCAGAGGGCGCGAGCACCACCAUCUACUGCACCGUCACUCCUGAGAGCCAGAUGCUCACUGGUGGACACUACAGGAAAUGUGCUGCAGCAGGAAGCUGCAGGGCAGGUGAGGAUGAUGGCACUGCCUUAAAGCUGUGGGCUGUGAGCUGCCACCUGCUGGGCAUCCGCUGGAGGUGA